AUGGCCUCUCAGCCGCAAUCCGACCCACCGCCUGCCCCAUCCCCACCUGCAGCGCCCUCUGCACCGCCACCACCGGCACCUUCUGUCUCCACUUCCCCACCUCCGGUUUUCUUCCCCGCCCCCGUGACCGCCACCGUCCGCGCGCCCCCCUCCUUCACGCCCACAGACGCAAUACACAUGCUCACCGCGCUCAACGCGCAGAUCCUCCAGACCGCCACGCAGCUCGCCGACGCCUGCCGCACCGUCCCCGGCUUCCUCCCUCCCCUCGCACGCACCAAAACCCUCGCGCUCGCCUCGCCCUCGAGCGCAUACAAGCCCGACGACUACCCGUGCCCGCUCGACAUGGCGACCUACGCCAUCCUCCUCCAGGACGCGGCGGAGCGCGUGCACGAUAUCGCGGGCGCGCGCAUGGCGCUCGUGCUCGACCAGAUGCGCGAGCGCGUUACGGGCCUCCGCCUUGUCGAGGUCCGGCGCAAGGGACAGCUGAUGCUCAAGGUGGAGGACCUGGCUGGUGCGGGUGCGGGCGCGUAUAAGAGGGAGACGGAGGACCGGCGCCGGGUGCACCCGCUUGACCCGACGCUACUGCAGCUCGCGCUGCAGACGUGCAUGGUCGUACACUGUGCGCGGGCGAUUCGGCGCUGGAUGAGCGGCGCGGACGUGUGGGAGGAUCGGGAGGACAUGCUGGACAGGCUCUGGGACCGCUUCCGGGAAACAGGCGAGUGUCUUCGGUCGAGCGAACCACCCUCGGUCUCCCACCCCUGGCGCGUCCUCACGACGCAGCACCUCCAAGAGCUCUCCUCCUCGUGCAGCGCUCUCCCGUAUUCGUACGGGACGCCCACGCUCUCGCCCGCACACACCCCGUCGCACCUCCUCGCCGCGUCCGUCGCGGCCGUGAUGCUCCUCGCGGGCGUCCCCGAGGCGUUCACGCGGCUGUUUUGUAGUCGGUAUCGUGGGACGCUCGCGAGUCUGCUGGAUAAUGUGCGUGCGUUGAGGGAGGCGCUGGGCAUUAUGGGGGCGGAUGCGAGCGAGGAGGUGGAGAGGGUGGUGAAGGAGGAGGAGGAGAUGAGGGGUGUCGGUGGGGAUGCAGGUAGGGAGGUAGAGGAAGGAACGGCGGCGCAGGGUGUAAAAGCGAGCAUGAGAGCAUGGGCAGAGAGAGCUCUAUACAGCCCGUCUUACGACCUGUAG